CGGCCAAGAGCCAGCCAGGCGCGGGGGCAGAAGCCCUGGAGGGCCGCGAGGAAUAGGCGGCUUGAGACGGGCAGGGUGCCGGCUUUCCCGGCUAUCGCGAGAGGCGCCGCUAGGAGAGGAAGGGAGGGGAAGGCUGGGUUGAGAGAGAGGGAGAGGGAUUGAGCAGAGGCUGGCGAGGAAGGGAGUUCAGUAAGGGCCGGCAGAUUCCGCUGCCACUAGCAGCUGCUGUUGCUGCGGGAGUCGCAGGUGGCCGUCAUGGCGGGCGCCGGAGCCGGAGCGAGCACCCAGGAGAAGCGGGCCACGGCGGCGCGCCUGAAAGCGGCCCUCAGUGUCAGCGCUGCCGAGGAGACCGAGGCUGCCGGGGAGCUGCAAGCGCUCCUGGAGCGGGUGCUGUGCCCGGCGGCGGGCGGCGGCGGCGAGGCGGUGUCCGAAGCGCUGGCAUGGUGCCGCUGCCUGCUGGCGGGCGGCGAGCCUUGGGACAGCUUCGUGCAGGCGGUGAGGGCCUACGACCCGGCCACGCUCUGCGGCCUGGUGUGGACGGCCAACUUCGUGGCCUACCGCUGCCGGACUUGCGGCAUCUCGCCUUGCAUGAGCCUGUGCGCCGAGUGUUUUCACCAAGGCGAGCACGCCGGACACGACUACAAUAUGUUCCGCAGCCAGGCGGGGGGCGCCUGUGACUGCGGCGACGGCAACGUCAUGCGGGAGGCCGGGUUUUGCAAAAGGCAUCGGAUAAAAUCAAGUUCAGAAGUUCCAUCUGUUCCAAAAGAUCUCCUGAUAAUGUCAGAACUAGUUCUUCCACAAUUCUUUUUUUCUCUUAUUCAGUACUUAAGGGAAGGUUACAGUGAGCCAGUUCUUGAUCUACCAUCAGAAAAAGACCUCCAAAAAGUCCUUCAGAUAUUGGAACCCCACAUUUCAUUUUUGGAAGAUCUGACAAAAAUGGGAGGAGCAAUGCGUUCAGUCCUUACUCAGGUUUUGACAAAUCAGCAAUUCUAUAAAGAUCUCAGCUCUGGUGGUGGAGAAAAUGCUUGUGCAAGGAAAAGUCAUGAAAAAUACCUUGUAGCUCUAAAAGGUUCUGGACUUACAUUUCCAGAAGAUAAGCUCGCAUGUGGAGUACAGGAACAAGCGGCUGGAAGCAGCACUCCCGUAAAUCAAGGUUUUGCAGGUGCUACACCAGCUUCAGGGCAAGGUGACUCUUCAGAUGAGGAGGACCAGGACGGUAGCCAAGGUGUGGGAAAGCGCAAGAGGGUGAAACUAAGCAGCAGCACCAAAGAUCAAUCUAUCAUGGAUAUUUUGAAGCAUAAAUGUUUUCUAGAAGAAUUAUUAUUUUGGACAAUAAAAUAUGAAUUUCCACAGAAAAUGGUAACAUUCUUACUCAACAUGCUUCCAGACCAAGAUUAUAAGAUUGCUUUUACUAAAACAUUUGUGCAGCAUUACGCAUUUAUUAUGAAAACACUGAAGAAAAGCCAUGAAUCUGAUACCAUGUCUAAUAGAAUUGUACACAUUAGUGUCCAGCUGUUCAGCAAUGAGGAGCUAGCACGUCAAGUGACAGAAGAAUGCCAAUUACUUGAUAUUAUGGUCACUGUCCUGCUAUAUAUGAUGGAGAGUUGCCUUAUUAAAAGUGAGCUACAAGAUGAGGAAAACAGUUUACAUGUCGUAGUAAACUGUGGGGAAGCACUGCUGAAGAACAAUACCUACUGGCCACUUGUCAGUGACUUUAUUAAUAUCCUUUCACAUCAGAGUGUGGCUAAGAAAUUCUUGGAGGAUCACAGGCUGUUAGUAACAUGGAUGAAUUUUGUAUCAUUUUUUCAAGGCAUGAAUUUAAACAAGAGAGAACUUAAUGAGCACGUUGAAUUUGAAUCCCAGACUUACUAUGCUGCUUUUGCUGCUGAGCUUGAGGCCUGUGCCCAGCCCAUGUGGGGGCUAUUAUCACACUGCAAAGUCAGGGAGACACAAGAGUAUACACGAAAUGUUGUCAGAUACUGCCUUGAAGCACUUCAGGAUUGGUUUGAUGCAAUCAAUUUUGUGGAUGAGCCUUCUCCAAAUCAAGUCACUUUUCAUCUGCCACUGCAUCGUUACUAUGCAAUGUUUUUGAGUAAGGCUGUUAAAUGCCAAGAACUAGAUUUGGAUUCCCUUCUUCCCGACCAGGAGAUGUUAAUGAAGCUAAUGGUUCACCCACUUCAGAUUCAGGCAAGCCUCUCUGAAAUCCAUAGUAAUAUGUGGGUAAGGAAUGGCCUUCAGAUUAAAGGACAAGCCAUGACAUAUGUGCAGUCUCACUUCUGUAAUUCUAUGAUUGAUCCUGACAUUUAUCUGUUACAGGUCUGCGCUUCCAGACUUGACCCAGAUUAUUUUAUUUCCUCAGUUUUUGAAAGGUUCAAGGUGGUUGACCUAUUAACAAUGGCUUCACAGCAUCAGAAUACAGUGCUGGAUUCAGAGCAUGAAAGAUCAAUGCUAGAAGGCGCCUUAACAUUUCUUGUUAUUCUUUUAAGUCUCCGUUUACACUUGGGAAUGACUGAUGAUGAGAUUCUGAGAGCAGAGAUGGUAGCUCAGCUUUGCAUGAAUGACAGGACCCACAGCUCACUACUGGAUCUCAUUCCAGAAAAUCCUAAUCCGAAAAGUGGCAUUAUUCCUGGCAGUUUAAGCUUUGAAUCAAUGUUGUCAGCUGUGGCUGAUUUUAAGGCACCUGUGUUUGAGCCUGGGGGUUCUAUGCAGCAAGGGAUGUAUACACCAAAAGCUGAAGUCUGGGAAAAGGAGUUUGAUCCAGUCAUGGUAAUUCUUCGAACUGUUUACCGUAGGGAUGUGCAGUCUGCGAUGGAUAGAUAUACAGCAUUUUUAAAACAGAGUGGGAAAGUUCAUGGGAACCCUUGGCCUCCAUACAAGAAACGAACUCAUUUGCACCCAAGCUAUAGAGGACUCAUGAGGCUUUUGCACUGCAAAACUUUACACAUUGUAUUGUUCACUCUACUCUACAAGAUAUUAAUGGACCAUCAAAACCUGUCAGAACAUGUCCUUUGCAUGGUUUUAUAUUUGAUUGAACUGGGGCUUGAGAACUCACCUGAGCAAGAAUGUGAUGAAGAAGAUUCUAUGGGAGGACAAGAACGCUGCCAUGAUAGUUGGUUUCCAGGGAAUAAUUUGGUUUCAAACAUGCGCCACUUUAUUAACUAUGUGCGUGUAAGAGUGCCAGAAACGGCUCCAGAGGUGAAAAGAGAACCACCUGCAAGUACAAGCUCUGAUGGUUUAGCAUCUUCUCAGAAUCCAAGGCGGUCUAAAGGACUUCAGAGAGAGAAUUCAGGGACAGCACAAGUGUUCAGUUUAGUUGCAGAACGUAGAAAGAAAUUUCAGGAAAUCAUUAAUCGCAAUACUACUGAAGCCAGUCAGGCAGUUCGACCCAAGACUUCAAUGAAAUGGUCUGCUCCGGGUGCAGCUCCUCAGCUAACAACAGCCAUCUUGGAAAUCAAGGAAAGCAUAUUGUCUUUGCUGGUUAAGCUUCAUCAUAAACUGUCAGGAAAGCAAAACUCUUAUUAUCCUCCAUGGCUGGAUGACAUGGAAACUCUAAUUCAACAUGAAAACCCUAAGUAUUUUCAUGGGGAUGGCAUGACAGCUGUAGAAAGAAUUUUAUUGAAAGCAGCACUUCAGAGCCGAUUAAACAAACGAAUAAUUGAGGAAAUCUGUAAAAAAGUCACUCCACCUGUACCACCAAAAAAGAUUAGUCCAGCAGAGAAGAAAACUUUGGACAAAGAGGAAAGGAGGCAGAAGGCCAGGGAGAGGCAACAAAAGUUGUUGGCGGAAUUUGCAUCAAGGCAGAAAAGCUUUAUGGAAACUGCCAUGGAUGUUGAAUCACCAGAUGCAGAUAUUGCCAUGGAGAUAGCAACAGCAGAACAGCAUGUUUCUGAAGCUAUAUAUGAUUGUGUUAUUUGUGGACAGAGUGGCCCUUCCACAGAAGACCGGCCAGCAGGAUUAGUUGUGCUCUUACAGGCUUCUUCAGUUUUAGGGCAAUGCCGCAAUACUACUGAAACCAAGAAGCUGCCAACAUCUGAAAAGGAACAGAUAUAUCCUUGGGAUACAUGUGCAACAGUAUAUGAAGCGCGGCUUGCAACUUUACAGCAGUUCUUUAAAGAUAGUUCCUGUCUGCAAUCAGUGUCUAUUGGCUGGGAAGGAGGUGUGUAUGUGCAAACCUGUGGGCAUACAUUGCACAUAGAUUGUCAUAAAUCCUACAUGGAAUCAUUGCGGAAUGACCAGGUUCUCCAGGGUUUUCCUGGGGAGAAAGGAGAUUUUACUUGUCCUCUAUGUAGGCAGUUUGCAAACAGCGUCCUUCCCUGUUAUCCUGGCAACAAUGUGGAAAGAAGCCUUUGGCAAUGUCACAGUAACAAGAAUAUGCAAGAUCUCAUAAAGGAGGUUGAAGAGCUUCAAGAGCAGCUGGGAACUUUCCCAGUAAGCAUCAGUUCAGAGACCAAUUUAAGUAAAGAAAUGGAAUCUGUGAUGAAGGAUAUAAAAAAUACUACCCAGAAGAAAUACAUAGACUACAGCAAGUCUCCUGGAUCACCAGAUAAUGACUUCCUUUUCAUGUAUUCUGUUGCCAGAACAAACUUGGAACUUGAACUGGUUCAUCGAGGAGGCAAUCUCUGCCAAGGAGGUGCAAGCACUGCUGGAAAGAGAUCGUGUUUACAUCAGCUGUUUCAUGUGUUGGCCAUGCACAUGCGACUCUACAGCAUCGAUUCUGCUUACAACCCAUGGAGGAAACUGACCAAGGUGGUGCUUGAUGAGAACUUGCAGGUGUGCAAUGAAGAGCAGCCAGAAGUUCCAAUGCUUUACAGAGAUGUCUCAUCCCUUUUGCUCAUCCAGAUUUUAACCAUGCCACAGCCAUUGCACAAAGAACACUUUAUCUGUAUCAUAAAGGUGCUCUUCACAUUGUUGUAUGUACAAGCACUCGUUGCUCUUUCAAUUAAAUGCAGCGCCGAAGACAGGAUGACUUGGAUGAACUCAGGAGCUCUGAAAAAGAAUCUAUCCAAUGCAAAAAAGGCUUGGGGUGUAUUACAGAGCCAUGUGAUCAGCGAGCUCUCCAAAGGGAAAAUCUAUGAGCAAGAGGAAACUGAAGAUCUGUCUAUGGACAGCUCUAGUGCUUGGUGCCCACACUCCAUAGAGACAUAUUUGCAGCAGUUCUGCCUGCCUUUCCUCAGGAUAUCCAGCCUUCUUCAGCACCAUCUCUUUGGAGGGGAGCUACCCAGCUGUCAGGAAGACGAAGAGUUUACUGUUCUUGCCACCUGCCUGGGCUUGUUACCAUCAUCUUUUCAAUCAUCACAGUUUGCCAGUGCCUCUUGUCUUGAUUGGCCAGUGCCAGCCUUUGACAUUAUAUCCCAAUGGUGCUCAGAAUUGGUUUCAUUUGCGGACAAGCAUCCAACACAAGUAAAGAUUUUACUUGUACAGGAACCUAAAUGGGACUUACCACGCCUCCUACAACUGCCUGAAAAUUAUAAUACUAUAUUCCAGUACUAUCACAGAAAGAGUUGUUCAGUCUGCUCCAAGGUUCCUAAAGAUCCUGCUGUUUGUUUAGUUUGUGGCACUUUUGUGUGUUUGAAAGGACUUUGCUGCAAGCAACAGGGCUGCUGUGAAUGUGUCUUGCACUCACAAAACUGCGGUGCUGGAACAGGCAUAUUCCUUUUGAUCAAUGCAUCUGUAAUCAUCAUCAUUCGUGGUAAUCGGUUUUGCCUCUGGGGUUCUGUUUACUUGGAUGCACAUGGUGAAGAAGACAGAGAUCUCAGGCGUGGCAAACCCCUCUAUAUAUGUAAAGAAAGAUACAGAGUGCUUGAACAGCAGUGGGUAUCGCACACCUUUGAUCACAUCAAUAAAAGAUGGGGGCCACAUUAUAAUGGUUUGUAGAUCACUAACCAUCAUUUGUGUUGCCACAUUGCCUUUUAUUAUGAACGCUACAUGAUUGGUUGUAGCUUUAAGUGAAUGGAAAUCUAGUUUCUUCACUGGGAAAGCAUGAAGCCAUGCCACUGUAUGCAGCCCUGCCUUAGUUAGGUGCUGCUAAUGAGAGGUAAUAAGGGGUUUGGUAAUUAGAAACACAAAGCAAUUAGUCUUUUUAAUUUGAGAGCAGAAUCUAAAGUUGUUGGCUUUCUAAUUCACUAAUAAACAAGCACAAAUUGUACUUUAAAAUGCCACUAAAUGGCUAUUGAGUGUUUUAUUUUUCCCUGAUUGGGAUUGUUUAUGCUGAAGCACUGUAUAUGUGUAGUACACCUGCUAAACAUAUUGCUUUGAUUCCUUUGCAUUUUUGUGUUGCUUUAAGAUUCUGCUUUAUGGAUCUGUAAGUAUACAAGAGUUGUAACACUUCUGAUUUGUGAGAUUGUAUAGAAAUGGUCUAAAGAAUUUUUAGAGAAUUUUUGCUUAUUGCCAGAAACCUGUUGAAAUAGUUUCAGGCAUUGCUGAAAACCUUAUUCAUUCUCAGGAAUUUCAUAGAUAUACUCCAGAGAUUAAAUAGUAAAAUAGCUGUAAAAUAGAUAGCUUCAUGCUUUUAAUGUAAUACAAUACAUAUACAAUAUUUGGACAUUUUAAUUAGCUUUAUUUCCUAGUAAAUACUAGCACAUCCAUUUUAUUGUCUGUGUAUAUUCAACUAUUGUAAAAUUUCCAGAAUGGUAAAUCAUAAUCCCAGUUAAGCAUGUCAUGUCUUUCAUUUCCACCCAGCAAUAUGUUUCUGGUGGUGGUGGAAAAUAGAGCAAAUACCUUGCAAAUGAGGCAUAAUUUGGGAACGUCCCAGAGGGUUCAAGCAGGUUCUUUCUGAUGUGUCUCUAGAACACUCACUGCCCUUUUUGCUUGAAUUUCUUAAUAGGGUGAUGGGGAUUUUGUGAAUUACUUAUUUCCUCCAUGUCCCUCUUACACGAAGAAUGCCAUCUUAACUUUCCUGCAGCCCACAUGGAGUAACCAAGGCUGCAUAUGCAGAACCCCAUUUUUUAAAAUCUGAAAUUUUGCUGAUGAGUUGACUAGGGAAGGGGGAGCAGUGCGUGGGCUGAAUUAGGCUGUGUCAUCCUUCAGACAGUUGCUCUCCAUCCUUGACUACUGGAUUACACAGAAGAACCGCGUGCCCUGCAGCUCGAUGCUCCCAUUGUUCUCCUGAAAAUUAGGGCUACACAUGUGGAACCCUGCUUACUACCCACAUAACGCCCCCCAGUAAGAUCAGGGCACUUGUGUUCAGAGAGCUUAGACAUCCACAAGAAUAGCCAUCAUUGGGGAAAAUACCACACUUUAUCAGAGAGAGAGAACUGGACAUCCAUACUGAUAGCUACCAGACUCUGGGUGUCUCUCCCCGCCACUCCCCCACACACAGAGUAAUCAAACAUCUGUUGUCUCUUUCGAAGAGUGCUGUCAGGCACUUCUGAAACUUAGAUACUUCAACUUAAUAUAGCUUAUUCUGUAAAGAAGAGUUUAUACAUGUAAUUUUUAAAAAGUUGUCAUAAAACCAAGUGUUUGAUGGAAAGAUGUGAUAGGAAUCUGCUGCUGAAAAAUGCACAGGAAAUAGUAUGAAAAGUAAGAAUGUUCACAUAAAGAACCUCAAGUCUACUAGCUUUUUACAAACAUAUAGCUAACUUACAUGGCAGUGGUUCCUUUUUAAUAGAACAUUGUUUGCAAAUGCACAUAUACAUUGGAUUCUUCCUACAGUUCCUUCACUGACUGAAAUUUGUCUUUUCCAAAACAUUGCUACAUUUUUAAUACUGUAUCAAAUGUUUAGCCUAUAAUAUUUUUUCAUUGCUCACUUAUGAGUACCAGGCCAUUUUGUAAGCACAGUGGAAGAGCAGAAAUAUUCUUGGCAUCUCCCAGCAUAACAUGAUUACAGGGCUUUUGAAUUUGAUUGCUCAAUGUAGUUUGAAACUUCACAAGUGAGGAUGUCUCAAAGAACUGAAUACAAUAUGUUAUUUAAAAUGGAAUGUUUUUGAUUGUGUAUAUGGGUGUGAAGUAAAAUUAUUAGCCUUAACUUUAAAAACUUUGUAUUUUGUUGUGUUCAUUUUGAUACUGGUGGAUUUAUCACUGGUCAGUUUAAAAAAAGACAAGAAAGAAAGGCACUUGUUUGGAAAUCCUACUUGAAAUGCAUCUGCAUGCUGCUGACCUAGAAGUUUGAUUACUCCCAUAACUUUUUGAAGAUCUACUUGCUUAAGCUUACUUUGGAAAAUAACAGGUCCAAACUAGAAUGGGUGUUUAUGUGUGCGUGCGUGUGUGUGCGUGUGCACUGCUGCUAUUUCUCCUAUGUACUGGUGUGGUAUCUUGUAUGAAUGAUCAUUUAAGUACAGUACAUUACUGUAGAAACAGAAACAGUCUGACACAUCGACAUGCAAAACUAGAAAUACCGUAAUCAACAUUGUAAAAUAUGUUAAUAAAAGUCUACUGUCAUUUA